UCAUUGCACCCCGUGCCUCCUCCGCCAUUCUUUUCAUCUUUUCAGUCUCUGCUUGGUGCUUACUAAAUUCUUAUUCUACUGAAAAAUCAAACACGCCAACUUCAUUGUAGAGGACUCGUGUUUCUUGUUCUGUUUAUCUGAAGCCGAUUCAAGCUUCCAGCCAUGACAUUGAUGUCCCAUCCUGGUUCAUCUCACAGCAUUCAUUCUGAGGUUAUACAGUGUAAAACAAGGUGGAAUGGAGUUAAUAGAUUUUCCAAAACAGUUGACUCAGCCCGAAGAAAUGAAACCUCCUUAGGUAUGCGGUCCCCUUUGUGGAGUUCCCUGAAGGUGAAACCAAGCUCAAGUUCUUUUGGCAUUGGAGUGCGAUGGAGGCAAGAGCGCCAGGUAACUGUUGCUGCAAGUCCUCCUACAGAAGAUGCUGUUAUCUCAACCGAGCCACUUACAAAAGAAGAUCUCGUAGCUUACCUUGCUUCGGGUUGCAAGCCUAAGGAAAACUGGAGGAUAGGCACUGAACAUGAAAAGUUUGGGUUUGAGAUUGGAUCAUUAAACCCCAUGAGAUAUGAACAGAUAGCAGAGCUUCUUAACGUUAUAUCUGAGAGAUUUCACUGGGAUAAAAUAAUGGAAGGUGAAAACAUUAUUGGACUCAAGCAAGAUAAACAAAGUAUCUCGCUUGAGCCUGGUGGCCAAUUUGAGCUUAGUGGUGCGCCCCUUGAAACUCUGCAUCAAACUUGUGCUGAAGUCAAUUCUCAUCUUUAUCAGGUUAAGGCUGUUGCAGAGGAGAUGGGGAUUGGAUUUUUAGGAAUUGGCUUCCAGCCCACGCGGGGACGAGAAGACAUACCAAUAAUGCCCAAGGGAAGAUAUGUAAUUAUGAAGAAUUACAUGCCCAAAGUUGGGUCACUGGGACUUGAUAUGAUGUUUAGAACAUGUACCGUCCAGGUGAACCUGGAUUUUGAUUCUGAAGCUGAUAUGAUAAGGAAGUUCCGAACUGGUCUUGCCUUACAGCCUAUAGCUACAGCAUUAUUUGCAAAUUCACCAUUCACUGAAAGGAAACCAAAUGGCUAUCUUAGCAUGAGAAGCCAAAUAUGGACAGACACCGACAAUAACCGAGCUGGAAUGCUCCCUUUUGUCUUUACGACUCCUUUGGGUAUGUUUGAACAGUACGUAGAAUAUGCUCUUGACGUCCCAAUGUACUUUGUCUAUCGGCAGAAAAAGUAUAUUGAUUGUGCUGGAAUGUCCUUCCGGGACUUUUUGGCUGGAAAACUUCCUUGUCUUCCAGGUGAAUAUCCAACUCUUAACGAUUGGGAGAAUCAUUUAACAACAAUAUUCCCAGAGGUUAGGCUUAAAAGAUACUUGGAGAUGAGGGGUGCUGAUGGAGGACCUUGGAGGCGACUAUGUGCCCUACCUGCAUUUUGGGUUGGUCUCUUGUAUGAUGAGGUCUCUCUACAAAAUGUUCUGGACAUGACAGCAGAUUGGACUCCAGAGGAAAGACAAAUGCUUAGAAAUAAGGUCCCAAAGAGUGGGCUAAAGACGCCAUUUCGGGAUGGCCUGCUGAAGCAUGUCGCACAAGAAGUUGUCAAAUUUGCUAAGGAUGGCUUGGAAAGAAGAGGUUACAAGGAAACUGGAUUUUUAAAUGAGGUGACUGAAGUUGUUAAUACAGGUAUAACUCCAGCUGAAAAACUCCUUGCUCUGUACCAUGAGAAGUGGGGACAAAGUGUAGAUCCUGUAUUUGAUGAGUUGCUCUACUAGAGUUCGUCCGAAAAUAUCAUGCUUCUCAGCGCACCUCUUUCAAGGUGAACCCCGAACAGAAAAAGUUAGGAUUAGUUCUGAUGAAGAUAUCUUACUCUUAAG